CUGCUAAAGGCCAACAUCAAUUUGAACCUGAUAAAGAUGGAUUUUGGUGAGGAUAUGGAGUCAAAUGUUGAUUUUCACAUAAAAGAUGAGGCAAAAAGGAUGCUUAAAGAGAUUGAACUGGUGAAGAAGAAUGUUGAGAACUCGGAGUUCUAUACUGGAAUGCACUUGGAUCUCAAACAGAACAAAACAAUUCAAAAACAUUUCUUUUGCCUUUUAGGCUCCCAUUCACAAGUUCAGGUGGUAAUCUAUGGUUUGGGAAGCAUCGAAUACAGUUUUAGUUCACAGUUUCAGCUUGCUGUAGCUCUCCUACUAAAACGAGAUUUUUUCAAUUGGAUUGGCAAUAUAGAAAUAUACGAUCCCUGCCUGUCUCCAGCUGAUAUCAUAGUUUUCGAGAAACUUGAUCUUAAGGUUCUCACCAUUGAUGAAAAUUGUAAGAGGAGAGUUCAGAGACCAACAAUGUUCUACAUGCCGUAUCCUCAUUGUUAUCUUAUUGGCAACGUCUUGGGAGCAAACUGGUCAUCAUCUUGUCUUGGCCAGAUUUAUUUGCUGACAAACUCAUUUUGCAGUACGUUGUCUGAUAUGCCAAGAACUAGCCAAUUGCUAGAAACAGUGCUACGCUUAGAGAGAAUUUUUCACUUCACAGCAGAGAUUGACAUAAAAACUAGUGACGAUAAGAUGUAUGCUGAUGUGUUCUCAGGAUUUGCCUGGCAUUUCUUUGAUGUGGAUCCCAACAUUCACAUUGACAUUGACAAACUGGGAUGUUAUUGGUUGGACAUGCAAAGGCAUCUUGAAGAAGAAUUUUUGGAACACAUGGAAAAGGAUAUCAUGACCAGUAUGCUAUUUGCAGAAUUUUUGGGUGAUCAUCGUGGGCCUCGUCGUUUAAGAUGCAACCCAGUUCCUCCUCCUCCAGGUUGGAUUAAGCUAGACAUCUAUGGUAUUGGUAUAAAAGGUGAUCAACCAGGACAAUAUAGUGGCAUCUUCCACGAUGAAAAAGGGAAGUGUUUUGAUAGGUAUAGGGGUGACAAUGUGAUUGCUGGACUAGAGGCCUUGAAGAUUGGGUUGGCCGGAUGUGUGGAAGGAAGGCCAAAUGCACAGAAGUUGAUUGUGGAGUCCGAUAAUGUUAUACUUGUCCAUUAUGUUAAUGGUCUUCUUGAGCCAAAUGAAACAAGGUUGAAGGAAAUUUUUGAUUUGCUGAAACGUAUAACUUGUGCAGUUUACCAUAUCUAUGAAGAAACCAAUGAAACUGCCAGAGACUUGGCUCUAAGAGGUUAA